CUCCAUUUUCCUCCACAAAGCACAAAAUUCCACUCUUCACUUUCAGACAAUCUCUCUCUCUCUCUGUUUCUCUCUCUAAAGUUCUAAACAUCCAGAGAUUAAACGUGUUCAGUUGUACUCCUCACCUUUGUUACUUGUUGUAAUCGUUAUACUAUUUUUUUAUUAUAGCUUAACCAAUAUUUGAUUAAAGUUCCCAAGAACAUUGGGGGAAGGAAGAACGUAUCUGAAUUCCAAAAGGGUCAAACUCAAAAACCCUUCAUUUUCUAGUGAUUAUCUGCAAAACCCAUUUCUUAUAAUUGCAAGACAGAGAAUGCUUUUCGGUUUCUUUGAUGGGUUGUUCUUGUGUCAUCACUCAUCAUAGCAUUAUGUUGGGUUCUACUUCUACAACAUAUUUCAAAGCCUCUAAGGGAUGUGAGGUUACCAAGAAACAUCGCCCCUUGGGGGCCUGCUCCCAUGAUGCUUCACAAUUAAGUGGACAUCGGUUGAAUGUUAUAUGUUCUAGUAAUCCGCAAAGCCGUUUGUUAUCAUUUUCCAUCAAUUAUAAGACAAGUUAUAGCGCUAAUGUUUCCAGAAACUUCUUUGAGCGACCUCCUUUGCGAUCCUCUUGGUUAUGUGAUCAAGGAGGAUUAUAUGUAGCAAACAAAAGAUCAGCCCAUAGAGCAAGAUCACGUAUUUAUGCAACUAUUGAUGUUGCCACUGCUGUUGACGUCAUUAAUGAUCUAGGAUUGGAUACUUUGACAUUUUUAGCUGUGACUGUCAUUGUUGUUCCUGCAUUCAAGAUCAUUAAAGCUAGCCCUAUUCUUGGUUUUUUCUUUGCUGGUGUUGUACUCAAUCAGUUUGGCUUGAUUAGAAAUCUAACAGAUGUCAAAGUUCUGUCUGAAUGGGGAAUUCUUUUCUUGCUAUUUGAAAUGGGUUUGGAGCUUUCAUUUGCACGUCUAAAAGCUCUUGCAAAAUUUGCCUUUGGUUUGGGAUUGACUCAGGUCAUCUUGUCUACACUUGCUUUCACGGCGUUUGAACUUCCUCCUAACAAUGCUAUUGGAACAAGAAUCCUGGAGUUCCUUUUCCACUCAAGGUCUGAUUUGGUCAAUAUAAGAAGUGUUGAUGAGGCUAUUGUGAUUGGUGCUGCUCUUUCUCUGUCUUCAUCAGCUUUUGUUCUGCAGUUACUUGCAGAGAAAGGUGAGCUUCCAACGAGAUUCGGCUCAGCAACUCUUGGAAUACUACUAUUACAGGAUAUAGCAGUUGUUCCUCUCUUGGUCAUACUUCCGGUGCUAGAGAGCCAGAACCUGGUAGGGGAAAGUGUUUUGCCAAUGCUUAUUAAAGAAAGUUUAAAGGCUUUAGGUGGAUUGGGUCUGAUUUCUUUUGGAGGAAAAUUCAUUCUUAGGCGAGUUUUUGAGGUUGUUGCAGAAGCAAGGAGCACUGAGGCUUUUGUUGCUCUCUGCUUAUUGACAGUUGCUGGGACAUCACUUCUAACGCAGAAGUUGGGUUUCAGUGACACGCUUGGUGCAUUUUUGGCUGGAGCAUUAUUAGCAGAAACAAAUUUCCGAACACAGAUUGAAGCUGAUAUAAGACCAUUUAGAGGCUUACUCCUUGGAUUAUUUUUUGUAACUACGGGAACUUCCAUUGACAUGCAGCUUCUCUUCCGAGAGUGGCCAAAUGUACUUUCACUCCUUGCAGGUUUGAUUGUCAUCAAGACGCUGAUCAUAACAGCAAUUGGUCCUCGUGUUGGACUCACUCUACAAGAAAGUGUAAGAAUUGGAUUGCUUCUAUCUCAAGGAGGUGAAUUUGGAUUCGUCGUUUUUUCUCUUGCAAACAGUCUUGGUGUGUUGCCGCUUGAGCUCAAUAAGUUGCUCAUAAUUGUUGUUGUCUUGUCAAUGGCAUUAACUCCUGCACUUAAUGAAGCUGGAAGAAGGGCUGCUAAAAUCAUUGAUGAAAAGUUCAGUACAGAGGAUGAAGCUGCUGAAAUGGUGAACUUUGAGGCUAGUGAACCUAUUGUUAUCCUUGGAUUUGGACAAAUGGGUCAGGUCCUUGCCAAUUUAUUAUCCACUCCACUGGCUGCAGGCAUAGAUAGUGAUUCUCUCGGAUGUCCAUAUGUAGCUUUUGAUCUAGAUCCUUCGGUAGUGAAGACAUCUAGGAAACUUGGUUUUCCAACUCUUUACGGGGAUGGAUCAAGGCCAUCAGUUUUGCAGUCGGCUGGAAUCUCUUCUCCGAAAGCUGUCAUGGUCAUGUACACAGGGAAGGCAAAGACAAUUGAGGCUGUCCAACGGCUUCGAGUUGCUUUUCCGGGAAUUCCCAUUUAUGCCAGAGCCCAGGACCUCGGACACCUUUUAGACCUGAAAAAAUCAGGAGCAACAGAUGCCAUUCUGGAAAAUGCAGAGACAAGUUUGCAGCUAGGAUCAAAGCUUUUGAAAGGACUCGGUGUCAUGUCUGAUGAUGUGAGCUUUCUUAGUCAGCUUGUUCGCGACUCAAUGGAACUACAAGCACAAGAUACACUCAACAAAAGUGAUGAACAGGAAACUGAAAUUAUGAAGCCAUUACAGGUGAGAGUUGCUGAUUUUACUGGUUCUCCGGGCUCGAUUGCAUCAACUUCAUCUGAAGGGAAUUUAUCAAGGGAAAACCAGACAAAUGGGACAUCAGAAUUAGAUGGUGUUUUAUAUUGUAAUCUAGAUAAAGGAAAUGGUGUUCCAAAAAUAUCUAGUGUUGAUGAGGGAAAUAAAGAUAAAAUCAUGAUAGAAGAGCCAUAAACCCUUUACAUACAGAAUAUGGAGGAAUAGUAAUUAAGGAGGGAAAAAAAGGAAACCUUUACAGUUUCAAUUGACCAUAAUUAUUUUUGCAGCCUAACAAUGUGGAUAGGAUCCCACUAAACCUUGUGAAAAGGAAGAUGAGCUUUACCUGAAAAGAUAAAAAGCAUUAAAGGGAUGCCUAGGCUGGAUUAUUUAACAGCAAAGAAACCCUAGUUAUAAUCAAUCAUAAUAUCCUCAUAGUGUAACUUUAUUCAUCAUUUUUACCUUAUUUUCUUUGCAUAGUGAUCCUCUGUAUAUUCCAUUUUUAAAGCCCUAUUGUUGGGGCUUUGUAACAUUGUAAUGCUGAAGCAAAAACUUGGUCUGUUUCGAAUGACAUUCAAUUAAUUGAACAAGUCAAAAUAAAAUUGAUGAAGGUUCAAUCUA